AUGCAUCAAGUCCUUAUAGACUUCGUGGAAAAUAUCAAUACGAGUUUUGGAAAAGAUUUGAAUUCCAUGCAAGUGAUGGAUAUUAUUUUCCUGACGUCUUUCUUGAUGUAUCCUAUUGGAACUGAAGUAAUGAUGGAACAUGAAAACUGUGAGGACCUGUUUCCUUCAGUACUCCUGUUAUAUGAGGAACCUUCAAUGGAAAGGAUAUUGAUCCCGAUUGUUUCUAUAAGAUGAGAACUCGUGCAUUCCAUAUUGUAAGUUUGUGAAGUGAUGUACCAAGUGCUCCAGUGGUAAGCAGAGAAGACAAUUGAAUAGUUUCUUUAUCAAAAGGAAAAAUAAACUGUUGAUGGUUUAAUUCUAUUAAGCUAACAUUUUUGUGAUGCGUUUUCCUUUUUGUUAAUUCAUGAGCACUAAUGGAGCAAGGAAAUUACUGUUUUAAACUACUUACCAAUUUAUGUUAGACAACUGCAUUGUCAUGUCUAUCUCAUUUAGAUGCGUUGAAAUCGAAAUUGAAAACAAACCUGUAUUUAUGUAUUCGAUGAAUUUGCUCUACAUUUGUCAUCUGCUUUGCAGAUCUCUUAGUUAAUAACAACUUGACAGCUUUGCAAAGUCUGUAGAGCUGCUAAGAUUGUUAAGAUUCCAUGACAAAAAUAAAGCUCAAGUAACAUGGUUAUGAAUAUUACAUUAGUACUUUUGAGGUCUUUAGUAUAAUAUAUUUGGAGGUAUCGUGCAAUUUAGUUUGAACAUUGUGUGUUUUUAAACAUUUGAUGCUGAGUAGAACUUGUCCAUCUACUUCAAUUUUUGGUAAAUUACAGAAAGAUACAACUUAUAAAACUGGAUAUGGAUGAGAGCUUUAGGUAGUAUAUCAUAUUUGAUACAUAAACUUAGUUUCCCUUUCUACUUCUUUAGAAGCAGAAAGCAUGUAGUAAAAGUAGUUUGUCUAGAAUAGUUGUAGACCAUGUGUCAAACAAUUCUGAUUGGUUCUUGGAUAUAACAUAAAUCUUUUCUUGGAUUUAACAUAAAUUGUAUGUAAGGGUCUGUGUCACUUGCAAUUUUCAUUGUGAUUUGAAUAUCAAGUUAGUGAGAAGAAGGUGACAUUAGUUAAAAUGUGAUCUUAUAAAUUAUUUAAUGAGUCUCUUCUUCUUUUCUUAUAUUCUUAUAUAAUUGAAAAUGGCUGCAAUUUCAUGAGGCAGAAGCAAUAAUUCAAUUUUGAAACCUUUAUUAUGCAGUUUUUGUAACAAAAUUACAAUUUAUUGAAAAGCACACACAUGCACAUACAUACACAUUCUUAAACAUGAAUGCUCACUCUCGUGUUCACACAUAAUACACACACACACUUGCCCUACAUAGUAUACAUGCCUACACUUAUAUGAAGAAACAUACUUAGUUACACCUAGUAAACAUGCUUAGAUAUACAUACAUAUAAAAUUAACCAGUUAUACAAUUUUUUAAAAAUGGAAACACAAUGUAGACUUUUUAAGUUAGCUCUUUAAGCAUCUAAAUUUGUACUCCACCCACUCUCUCACUUCACUUUAUUACACUACACUUUCACCAUAUCUUUCUUUGGUUAUGUCAUAUAACUAAUUUAGCAUAAACUAAUAAGAUAGCUUUCCAUUGCACUGCACUGCACUACACUACACUACACUACACUUUAUUUAUAAUACUCUACAAUUCACUUGAAUGAUGGAUUCUGAGCAAUGUGGUAAAAUACAUCCUCUACAUGUACUUAUGAAGUAGUCUUCUGAAAACACCAACAGAGCCAGGAAAAGGCUCUGCAACUGCUGCAGGGAUUUAAUUCCAAUUUUUAACCAUAAGAUUUACAAAUGAAUAUUUCCCUAUGUCGGAUCUUUGAAGUCUACUUUUUAUUUUGCAUUUGUGAUUGCUUCUCCCAACUCUUGAAGGGGAGUCUAGUCUUUUUGAUACUUUUGCCCAUGCAGGUGACUUACUGUAUGUCUUGAAGAGGCAACCCAACCUGGCUUUUUUCUUUGCACGCUGAGGGCCUCUAUAGGUCUUGGUGGAUUUGGACUACUUGAAGAUCCCUUAUUUAUGAAUUUGAUUAAUAAUAUUAAUUGAGUCACAUAAACAAUUACAAUCGUGUAUGACGAGUCA